GCAGGGCGGGGCGCGGGGGCACUCCCGGUGCCCGGGACGGGAGGGGCUUGGACCCGCUCCGCUCCACGCGGGGCCACCGAGUCRGUGGCGGUCCGGUCCCGAUCCGGGUCCGCGCUGUCUCUCCCGGUGCCGCCGCUCUCCGGUCCCGGUCCGGUCCCGGUCCGCGCUGUCCUUCUAGCACCGGGACACAGCUCCCAUCUCCUCCUCAGCAUAAUGGCCUGCCAAGAGAGCGAGUACCUGGAUGACCAGAAGAAAUGCGUCCCCUGCAGAAAGUGCAUGCCCGGGCAGGAGCUUUCCAAGGACUGCGGUGACGGCAGCGGCGGGGACGCACAGUGUGUGCCCUGCCCUCCCAGGAAGUUCAAGGACCACUGGGGACAUCACCGCUGCGAGCGCUGCCUGUCCUGYGCCCUCAUCAACCGCUUCCAGAAAUCCAACUGCACAGCCACGACCAACACGGUCUGCGGGGAGUGCCUGCCGGGGUUUUACCGGAAGGCACAGAUCAGCGGGCAGCUGGAGCAGCAGUGCAUUCCCUGCACCAAGCAGACGCCAUCCUCCGAGCCGCAGUGUCGGUCCAGAACAAACCUGGUGAAGGUCGCUGUCCCCACUGUGCCACCACAGGACACGGCCCUCCUCGCACUGACCAGCAGCGCCCUGGUCAUCAUCGUCCUGGUGCUUCUGGCACUCUCCAUCAUCUACUGCAAGCGAUUCUGGAAAAGCCAGUGCCAGAGAGUCUUCCUGAGGACUCAGAACUUCUCGGGCCAGCGAGCAACRUUCCCGACGGCAGCAGCGCCCGGCAGGUUCCUGUGCGAGGAGCAGAUGUCUGGCCCCUGCUGCCUGGGUGUGAAGAACCUGAGCCCUUGCUACAGGCAGGCAGAAGGGCCCGUGGAAGUGGUGCAGUUCAUUUCAGACGGGGAAGCCGUGGGUCUGCAGCUCCCCUCUCUCCAGCAGGAGAUGGAUUUGCCACCAGCCAUUGCAGUCAGCRCUGCCUCCAAGGCCCAGCUGGGCAGGAGCCUCCUGGAAAGCCAGCCCCUCAUCCGGGCCUCGGGCCACGGYGACUGCCUGGAAGGGGUCCUGCCACCCCCCACGCCCAGGCAGGGCCGGCCGGGCACAGUGGAGGCUCUGGCYCCCCUUUCCUCCUGUGCCUCCGAGAUGCAGCACAAGUGGCCACAUGCACCAGUGGAGUGCACUGAGCUGGAUCUCCAGAAGUUCUCCACACAGGCAGAGUUUGUGGGUGGCGAGCGGCUGGAGGAUGCGGCAAGCCGGGCCAUGAGGAGGAUUCCAGCAGAGAGCGGGACUGUGGUGCAGGAGGGUGCUCAUCACUUGCCCACAGCUGAAAUCCCACCUGGGGAGCAGCCGGUGGAUGAUGCCCAGAGCCUGGUGACUCAGAUCAGCAGCACAGCCAAGGGUCUCCCCAUAGCGGAGCUGCCCCAUUCCUUGGUGCAGUCUCUUGCCUUCUUGUUGGACCCUUCCUUGAACGGCGUGAAGAACUUCAGCCACGUGGCGCUGGAGCUGGGGCUCAUGCCGCAGCUGCUGGGACGGAUUUCGGGCUUCGAGCAGCUGGUCACACACUUCACCUACKCAGGAGCUGCCGUCACUGUCCCGCUGCUGGCGCAGGCGCUGCAGCGGCUCCAGCGCUUUGACGCCUUGCUCCUGCUCUGYGACCACUUCACACUGAGCCCCACGCCGGACCGCCAGCGCUAGAGGGCAGGGAGGGACGGAGGAAGCUCCAUGCACUGUGUUACUGGUGUGGGAGAGGAUCUGGUGCAGUCACACAACCUCCCCGUGUGCAUGGCUGGAGAACACAGGGAUGGUGUUUGCAUCAUGGAACGGAAGGACACGACGGGGGCAUCCCUGCAAAAGGAUUCCAGGAAGCACAGCUGUGCCUUCUGCCAGCUCCAUGGCUUGCUCAGACUCCUCCAGAGGCUGUUUUCCUCUGUCUGUGGCACCCUUGCUGGUCAGUSGCUGCACUGUCCGUGCUGUGGUGCUCCAGCUCCGCAGUGAGCCCUGUCCUGCCCCGCUGUUGCCAURGGGUCCCUCAGCCAUGGGGCUCGGUUUCCAUGGGCCAUGCCCUCCUGUGAGCCC